UGUCAUUAAAGUUAAAGAAAAUGAAAUUUUUUAUCUACACUUGUUUUUUAUAUGUAAUGUUAGCAGUAAAUUUCGCAAACCCCGUGGACUUUCCCAGCCUCCGGGCCGCCACCUCCCUUAUAACUGAUGUCCCGAUGAAUGUAAUGCGAAUGGCCUCAGGUAUUUUUUCUCCCCAAAAUGAAAAGAAAGACAGUUGGGGAUUGUAGAAUAAAAUUUUUAGAUAUGUAUUUUUCCUAUCAAUUACCUAUUAUUCGUUAUGUUUGUAAUAUUACCAAUCGUAUUACAGACAAUUUUUCUCAAAAUAAAUCUUAAAUUUUAAGCAA